GCUGCUGGAGGAAAGCCAUCCUCGCGCAAAAAUGGCGGCGCUCAAGUGGGGUUGGGGUGCAGUGUUUAUUUGGAUUUUUGUCGGUUUAUUACUCAUUUGUGAUUGUGACAGUGUUGAAAAUUCAAACGAGUCCGAUGGAAAUAAGGAAGUCGAUCAGAGCGUGUCACAGCACGGUGAAGAAAGCAGCAAUGAGGAGGUUCAGGGUGAAAAGCAGCAGUGGCAGAUGACAGACUUUGGGAUAAACGAUGCACUUGAAGAUAACAAAGCUGACUCUGGGAUGAAUGAUUCUCCUGGAGAAGGCAGAACUUUCACACCACCGCCUGCUAAAGACCACUUUCAGGAGGAACUGGUGAUUCGGCCCCUCCAUUCAGGAGACAUCUAUGCGAGUUUCCAGUUUCACACACAGUUGGACACAGAUUUUGUGCAAGAAGCCAAAAAAGUGUCCCACUACCGUCUGUUCCCAAAGUCUCUGGGCCAGGUGCUGUCUAAAUUCUCGGUGCGAGAGCUGCACAUCUCCUUCACGCAGGGCUACUGGAGGACCAUGCAGUGGGGGCAGCCAUUCAUUCCUGCUCCUCCUGGAGCUGAGCUCUGGGUUUGGUUCCACAACACAGUGCUGGAUGUUGAUGAGAACUGGAAGGAGCUCACCAAUGUUCUGUCAGGCAUCUUCUGUGCUUCUUUAAAUUUUAUUGACUCAACCAACACGGUAGAGCCAACUGCCUCUUUCAAACCCCUGGGACUGGGAAAUGUGACUGAUCAUCGUUUCCUUCGUUAUGCUACAUUGCCACGGGAAAUUGUCUGUACAGAGAAUCUGACCCCUUGGAAGAAGCUUCUUCCUUGUGGCUCCAAGGCUGGACUGGCUGUGCUAAUGAAGUCUGAGAAGCUUUUCCACAGCAGUUUUCACUCGCAGGCUGUGCAUAUUAGACCCGUCUGUCAGGAUUGGCAGUGUUCAGGGACAGCAUGGGAAUUAAGACAGACCCUCAGUGUGGUGUUUGAUCUCUACACCUCUGGCCAGGGCAAAAAGGAUUGGUCCCUUUUCAAGAUGUUCUCUCGCACUCUGACUGAAGCUUGCCCUCUCGCAUCUUCUAGCAAAAUCUAUGUGGAUGUCACAGACAACCCUGAGGGUGAGCUGUUUGACCUGAGCCCAGCCACACCGGUCCUCAACACGACUGUAGUUCUGGGGGAUCGCAGGACUUAUGCCGUGUAUGAUCUAACCAAAGCAGAGACUUUUGGCCAGCUACGUUCUCUCAAUCUCUUAAUGCGCUGGAAAGGGGAAGGUGGAGAUAUGCUGCGUCCACUGCUCCAUGCAGAGCGCUAUGUGGCAGGAUUUGGACUCCAGACGGGCGAGAUACACACACUUAUCUAUAAUAACCAUCCAUACAGAGCUUUCCCUGUGCUCCUGCUAGAGUCGGUGCCCUGGUAUCUGCGACUUUAUAUUCACACACUCACUAUCACCAGCAAGUCACGUGAAAACAAACCAAGCUACAUUCACUACCAACCUUCAAAAGAUCGCUUGCGUCCUCAUCUUCUUGAGAUGCUCGUACAGUUACCCUCUCAUUCAGUCACUGAGGUGACGGUGCAGUUUGAACGAGCUCUACUCAAAUGGACAGAAUACACUCCAGAUCCAAACCAUGGUUUCUAUGUCGGAUCGUCUGUGAUAAGUGCUCUCGUGCCAAGUGUUGUUGCCAUGGACAUCAAUAGCACUCAGGAGCGCCCACUUUUCAGCAGCUUUUUCCAUGCCAAAGAGGAGUCAAGCUACUUUAUGCGUGUGUACACCGAACCUUUGCUGGUUAAUUUGCCCACACCUGAUUUCAGCAUGCCCUAUAAUGUUAUCUGCCUCACCUGCACAGUUGUGGCUGUGGCCUACGGCUCUUUCUACAACCUACUGACCCGCACUUUCCAGGUGGAGGAGCCGAGCCCACCGCUAGCUAAACGGCUAGCCAACGUAAUCCGCCGCAUGCGGGGAGUGCCACCGCUGUGAAGGACAUGAAAUUAACUUUGUAGUUUAUUGAGCAGCUUAAUCUGUGGACAGCUUGAUUUGGGGGAACCCUCAAGUGUGUUUUUUUUUUUUUUUUUUUUUUAUGUAAACAUGGCUGAGAGGAGAAAUAGUCCAUGGAGAAUGCUGCAAUGUAAAGCUUUACCAAGAACCAAUUGUUAUGGGUCUGUGGUUUUUGUAUCUGUUAACACUGGAGAAAAUGAACUAUUUAAUUUUAAGGCAAAAGGGAUUCAUUUACAUCUGGGUAUUUUAAAAUUGUACCAUUUUGUGUAUUGGCAGUUGCUUAUUCCAUUCAUCUAGAAGAUAAACUUGCAACAGAGUGGAAUGUGAAACCUGUUGGAUUACUGUACUUUGGGAAUAAGAAAGCCAUUGUUCAUUCUAUUCUGGAAAUCCAGUGAAGAUGGAAAACAGAAUGGCGAGUGAAAUCAAGCAAAAAAAAAAAAAUCCUUAAGUGUAUUGUACCAAUGUUGUUACUGUGAAUUUGCUUACCCUUGGAACUAUAAGCCUUGCUUAUUUCUUAGAAAAAGGGCCUUUAAUUGGGAGAUUGUUUUAACUGGCCUGUGAUGAGCACACAGUUGUAUGUGUAAACCAGACAGGAAUCUAAAAUGUACUAAAUUGACCCUUCUGUGAUUUUAUAGAGCACAGGAAUGUAUGACAUUUUUAAAUUGACGUACUCCGUCAGCAAUAGAACUAUAUUUACUAAAGUGGUUAGAGAAUGACAUGUUCACCUAGGACUAUUGUUUUUGGCAGUCACUGCUCUGACGCAUACUUGGACCCAGACAGCAUAAAUUUAAAUUGAUCAGUUGGUAGAAUGUAAUAAAAUGUACUAGUAAUCACAGGAAACAUCUGGUAAAUGUAAAUUGUACAUACUUUAGAUUGUCAGGACCCUGCACUAACAUUUAUAAACAUCUGUAAGUGACUUAAGGUGACAUACCUACUGAAUGGUGAUGUAACUGUUCAUACGGUAAGUAAGAACCUUAAUUUAAGAAGUUUUCCCUGUCUGCCUUAUGCAAAUGAGGUUGUACAGAAAAGUUAACACUUAGCUCUAACCUGUGGUUAAUAGACUCAAUGACAGUUGGCUUGUGUGUCUCAGUUUGAUUAAUCCCUAGACAGUUUGCAUUCCUCUGAACUUGGAGACGAAUGAUCCAUUUCCUUUUCUACCUAGCAGAGUCUAUCAUCAAGAUAACAAAUACCUAAAAUUCCUUAUUUUUCUUUUCUGAGAAACCUUUCACAUGCUGCUAUAUUUUCUCUGUCUGGCCCUCUAGAGGUGCUGCCAAGCUCUAGGAGACGUUGGACACAAAAAGCCUUUUCUUUGCUCACUGUUCCCACAUAUUUAGGUUGCAAGUCAAGCCCAAGACGUCUUUUACAUUCCUAAACACUGAUGUUAGUAUGAAGACAGCUAGUAACAUCGGUCAUAGCAAGAUGGAGUAGUCAUAUGAAGAGAGAGAAAUUUUCACAUUUGUUCAGGCUUUGGAACUUGACUUUAAAACUACCAAUAAUUCUACAUGCCAUGAUUGGGGUUUAUUCCUGUGUUUUAAUAAAUAAAAUCCACUGAAGUGUACCAAAAUAUACAA